AUGGAGAGAAAGAAGGCUACCAAAGGAAAUGAACUCAGCACUUGUAGUGUUCUUACAGAAGAAGCCUGGAUCUAUCCACAAGACUUUAUGCCCAUCACCCUGCUAAACUCUACCUACAAAAUAUUAGAUAAGAUUUUGACGAAAAGAAUCCUAAGGGAGGUUUGUUGGAAGGAUGUACUGCAUCAAGCACAAGUUGGCUUUGUACCGAGCAUGCCCACUGGAGAGCAGAUAUUUGCCCAAGAGACGAUAUUGGCAUGCAGCAGGAAGAAAAAGAAAGGCUCUAAAAGAUAUAAUGUAUUGGUAAUAUUUUAUUUUGCUUAUUUAUGGUAAGUUGAUUUUAAAAAUGUCAAAAAAAUUUUGACAUGUAUUACAUAUAAAACUUAGUCUAUGGUAUGCUAAAAUUUUUUUGACAUUUUAAAAUCAAUUUACUAUAAAUAAGCAAAAUGAAAUUUAUGCAAGGGAUUAUAGGAGAAAUUUCUACCUCUCAAGUGUCUUAAUGCGAAGGCAACCGAUUCCAGCUUAA